UGCAAGUUUCCAAGCAGUGCCAGUCUUCUCCCAACUACCAAAGUGGUUAACAACUUACACCUCAAGUAAGCAAGUGAAGGCGCGAUCGCUCAGUGGAUUACUCACAGCACCUGUGCUCCCCAUUUGUGAUCAUUUACCAGUACUAAUUACCAUCCAAUAAAGAUGACUCUCGUUCAGCCAUCCGGAGAUAUGUGCGUGCAGAUUCGCCAGGAGCUGCGUGAGCCUGACUCGCCCGAUGAGAUUGAGCGCGACAUUGGCCUGAUCCGUGAGUGGCUGGACAAACAGCCCCAUUUGCCAAAAGACAUGGAUGACGGCCGUCUUCGGACAUUCUUGCGUGGAUGCAAAUUUAGCUUGGAGAAGGUGAAGAGGAAACUGGACAUGUACUACACCAUGAGAAACGCCGUGCCGGAAUUCUUCAAUGAUCGCGACAUCGAUCGGCCCGACUUGAAGGAAAUCAUGGACAACUGCCAUAUCCCACCCCUACCCGGACUCACGCCCAACGGCCGCCGCGUGACCAUCUUGCGCGCCCUCGACAAAGACAUCCCCACACCAAACGCCGCCGAAGCCAUGAAGCUCGUCAUGAUGAUCGGAGACAUCCGUCUUCUGGAGGAGUCCGUCGGUGUGGCCGGCGAUGUCUUCAUCUUCGAUGCCGUUGCUGCUUCCCCCAAGCACAUACCCAAGUUCACCCCACAGAUCCUCAAGAAAUUCUUUAUUUGCGUACAGGAAGCCUAUCCGGCUAAAAUCAAGGAAAUCCACGUCAUCAAUGUCUCCCCGUUGGUAGACAGCCUGGUGAAUUUUGUGAAACCAUUCCUUAAGGAGAAGAUUCGCAACCGUAUCUUCUUGCAUAGCAAUAUUGAUGAGCUCUACAAAUAUGUUCCUAAAUCCAUGCUCCCUAGCGAAUAUGGUGGCGAUGCUGGACCUAUUCGUGACAUCAACGAGCAAUGGCGUCAGAAGCUGCGAUCCUACACGCCAUGGUUCAAGGAACAGGAGAAUUCUAAAGCCAAUGAAUCCCUCAGGCCAGGUGCUCCAAAGACUGCUGACGACUUGUUCGGAAUGGACGGAACCUUCCGCAAGUUGACAAUUGAUUAGUUAUGUAGUGAAACAGCCCACAUAAUCAGAUUAUUAAAUACUCCUGAUGGGAUGAAUACAGCCACCAAUAUCACAAAACCUUCAUAGAUCCGAGCCAGAAAACCUUUUCAUCGAACUCUUCAAAUCACAACACACAACACAGAAACUGCAAAACCAUCUCAUAAAAUGAUUAGCAGACGAAACUUCCAACAAGCUUGUAUAUAAACUUAACACAUGAUGUUAGAAUUAAUCAGAAAUUGUCACCCAUUAAUGCACCACAUUUUUUGUUUAUGAUAUCUGCACCCAACCAAUUGCAUAAAUUUUUUAUACAUAUUAUACAUAAUACAUAGAUUAUCAUGUGAUAAUGUGUCGAUUUCUAUAUCAAUCCUUUUUUUGUAUACGUAAAUUUUUGUGACAGAGAAUUUUGGAAUAAAGAUCUUAACCCGUUUCUCAAGGUA